AUGUCCGAAACCGCCACGAGAUCGCCCGAGCAGGGUCUUGGACGACCAGACCACCGCAGGGAGAGGAAAGCAAGCAUCAAUGCGCGGGAGGAUGGCAACGCGACGUUCGCUGCAAUCGCGGAGGGGGAGCCGUUUCAGGAAGCAGCUCAUGGACACCAUGAGCAGGAAGACCUUCAACGACGAAGAGCUGCCAUGAGGACCCAGCAAUGGAUGAAAUACUCGUUGAUGUUAGCAGGCAUCGGAGACGGUUCAGGGAGUGGGGAUUGUGCCAUUAUGAACGCGCUGGUGAAUGUGAUGGGGGCUGAGCUGAGAAAUGCUCACGUGUCAAGACAGGUGGAAAACCUGAAACAAACAGAGACGAUAGCGAAGAGAAAUGCCUUGGACGACAUCGAGACAAGUCUCUGCAGGUGCACGUGCGAGCGCCUCCUUGUGUGCGGGCGGUUGACCAUGGUGGCGGGAAGUCGAGGGAUGCGACUGGGGUCUUCGGACAGCGAGGAAGCGGUUCUGUCGGGAGUAUCGGAGAUGCUCUUCGACGAGGACAAGCACACUCGUAGGAGGGCGAUCAGAAUCAUCGGAGACCUCGCACCCAAGGGAGAUUCAAGAGUGAUCAAGAUGCUGACGUCAUCCAUCGACGUGUGUGGGACCUGCGCGGUGAAACCUCUGACAGAUACCGGGCAGGUGGGGCUUAACGAUGAGGACGAGAUUGCGAGAGCUUCCGCCGCAUCGAUCCUCGCGUUCGUCGCUGAGAAGGGGGACAAGGACGUGAUAGACGCGCUCCUGUCGGCCAUGAAGGACAACUCGUUGGAAGUGAAGCUGGAGUGCGUGCGAUCCCUCCAGUUGAAGGAGACAGCCGAGUCAUCGACUGCAUGCUACAGAUUGUCAGGAACCAGAAAUGCAAACAGGGGAGCGUUCGACAUGCGCAUCGAUGAGACAGCCCGUGAACUGGACUAUAUCGCCGUUCCUGCCCUCGAAGUGCUUUCCCAGAUGGGGACUGCAAGACACGCUACGUUAGAGUCCUUAGUUCUCUUUCGAGCGGUCAAGACCCUGGAGUCUGUUGCGUUCCCGUCCGCUUCUAGAGUUCUGGUCCAGGACAAGAAGCGAUGGGACGAUGUAAAUAGCGCCCUCCUCGAAUGCCUGAAGAACAACGAAGGGGAUGAGUUGGUGUGGCAUACUUGCUUCACGGCUCUUGUCAGACUGCUGGGGCUGCUGGAUACCGAGGAAGGAGUAGACGAGAGUGCAUUGGAGGGCCUUUCAUACGCGCAACAAGUGUUAAUGCCGUAUCUGCAAGCGUGGCUUGAGACGCGAGGAAGUGAACAUGCUCUUCAGUGA